AUGAGCACCCAGGGGGCGAUGUCUGAAAAAUCUGUUGUAGCCGGAUUAACCUGCCAAGAAAACUUUGCCUGUUCUGGCAAUAAUGCAGCCGUAUUUGAAUGUGAUGAGUGUAAUAGCUUACAGUGUCAGCGAUGUGAGGAAGCUUUGCACAAACAAGAGAAACUUCAAAAUCAUGAGAGAAAACCGCAUACCACCUGGUUAUGUCCCUUUCUGCUCCUUUUGUAAAGCAGCGACUACUAUGCACAAUAGCACAAACGGCACUAGACAGCGGGCAGUGGUGAGGUGCGGCCCUUGUAAAGUUGACCUCUGCGCCGACUGUCAAAAACGUAAUCAUUCUGGAGGGAACAAAAGAAAGCAUCCAUUGGCCUAUUACCAAACCAUGAACACCCCAGAAUCUCAAGAAGGAGGAAAGAUGGAUGAGGAACUGAGAAGAAAAAGGAUGACGGAGAAAGUUGUCAGUUUUCUUCUAGUGGACGAGACCGAACAAAUUCAGGUGGAGGAUGAAGAUGAAUUUGUGAAAAAACUGGAUUGCAGCACAGAUAAUCUACUGAAAGUAGUGUCAAUAUUCGGAAACACUGGUGACGGGAAGUCACAUACUCUUAACCAUACGUUUUUCUAUGGGCGUGAAGUUUUUAAGACCUCCCCGGCUCAGGAGUCCUGCACGGUUGGUGUCUGGGCUGCAUUCGAUCCUGUCCAUAAGGUUGUGGUCAUUGACACAGAAGGACUGCUUGGAGCUACUGUCAACCUGAGUCAGAGGACACGUUUACUGCUCAAAGUCUUAGCCAUUUCUGAUCUAGUUAUCUAUAGAACUCAUGCUGAUCGUUUACACAAUGACCUAUUCAAGUUUCUUGGUGAUGCCUCCGAAGCCUACUUGAAACAUUUUACUAAAGAGCUGAAAGCCACUACAGCACGUUGUGGUUUAGAUGUGCCUCUUUCAACACUGGGUCCUGGAGUCAUUAUCUUUCAUGAGACUGUACAUACCAAGCUGCUUGGCUCAGAGAAGGCUUCAGAAAUACCAGAAAAAGUGAUUCAAGACCGGUUCCGUAAACUUGGUCGCUUCCCAGAAGCCUUCAGCUCUAUACAUACAAAGGGACACGUACUUACAACCCUCCUACAGAUUUCUCAGGCUUAAGACGUGCUGUUGAGCAACAGCUGGAGAAUAACACCACACGCUCCUCACGCCACCCUGGUGUCAUAUAUAAGGCACUGAAGGCACUGAGUGAUCGAUUCAGUGGUGAGAUACCAGAUGAUCAAAUGACACAUAGCUGCUUCUUCCCUGAUGAGUAUUUCACCUGCUCUGCCCUGUGCCUAAGCUGUGGAGCUGGGUGUAAGAAUAGCAUGAACCACUCGAAGGAAGGACUUCCACAUGAAACUCCAAGACGCUGCAGAUACUCCCACCAAUUUGACAACAGAGUGUACACUUGUAAGGCUUGUUAUGAAAGUGGAAAGGAGGUGAAUGUGGUACCUAAAACCUCUGCGUCUACUGACUCCCCAUGGUUAGGCCUUGCCAAAUAUGCUUGGUCUGGGUACGUGAUAGAGUGCCCGAAUUGUGGAGUGAUCUAUCGCAGCCGUCAGUACUGGUUUGGAAAUCAGGACCCUGUGGACACUAUUGUGCGCACUGAAAUACAGCAUGUGUGGCCUGGAGCUGAUGGAUUUCUAAAGGAUAACAACAAUGCUGCUCAGCGUCUUUUGGAUGGUAUGAAUUUUAUGGCCCAGUCUGUAACCGAGCUGAGUAUUGGUCCUACAAAAGCAGUCACAUCUUGGUUAACUGAUCAGAUCGCCCCAGCCUACUGGAAGCCUAAUUCCCAAAUUCUGGAAUGCACCAAGUGUAGAACAACUUUUAAGGAAAAUGACACCAAACAUCACUGUCGGGCCUGCGGAGAGGGUUUCUGUGAUAGAUGCUCAUCCAAAAGCCGUCCAGUGCCUGAACGAGGCUGGGGUCUAUCUCCUGUGCGUGUUUGUGAUUGCUGCUAUGACCUUAGAGGAACCCAGAAUGCAAUCUCCGAUGGCGGUGAGGAUGACGAAGGUAGCACUCUCAUUGCAAGGAAAGUUGGAGAAGCUGUACAGAAUACAUUGGGAGCUGUUGCUACAGCCAUUGACAUUCCUCUGGGACUUAUGAAAGAUGCUGCAAGACCUACGUACUGGAUUCCGGACCAUGAGAUCACAGAUUGCUACAACUGCAAGAAGGAAUUCAAUGUCAAACUCUCUAAACACCACUGCAGAGCCUGUGGUCAAGGUUUCUGUGGUGACUGUUCAAAUGAUAGAAGACCAGUGCCCUCUCGCGGUUGGGACCACCCUGUCCGUGUCUGCAUUAACUGCACUAAGAAGCCUGGCGAUCUAUAA